AUGGCCAGCACCGAAAAAGACGCCGAAACCAUCGCGUUUGCGCGAACGCUCUCCAACACCCCCUGGUGCGAAGACUACGAAAAAAUGAUAUCAGGAGUCCUGUACGAUGCCCAGGCAAAAGAACUUGUAGACGGCCGCUUCCGCGCAAGACGCCUCAUGCACAAGUACAACAACCACUUCCCCGACGACGCCACCCCAGACUCCCUCCUUGCAGACCGCGAGGCCAUGCUGCAGUCAACCUUUGGGAAAGUCGGCAAGGGGGCUUUUAUCGAGCCACCCAUCAACAUCGACUACGGCUGCAACAUUACCAUUGGAGAGAACUUUUACUCCAACUUCAAUCUUGUCAUUUUGGAUUGUGGCAUCGUCAAGAUUGGCAACAGGGUGCAGUUUGGUCCCUUUGUAUCUAUUUUCGCUGCCACUCAUGAGACGGGCGUGCAAUCGCGCCGCGACGGCGUCGAGUAUGCCAAGAGCGUCAGCAUUGGCGAUGACUGCUGGAUCGGCGGGAACACAACCAUCAUGCCGGGCGUGACUAUCGGCAAGGGCUGUACGAUUGGCGCCGGGAGCGUCGUGACAAAGUCGAUUCCAGAUUUUUCGGUGGCAAUCGGCACGCCGGCCCGGGUUGUGAAGACGGUUGACCCCGUGCCGGACUUGUGA